GUUUCAGCCCGGCGCCUGCCUCUUCCAGGGAGGAUUGCUGCUGUCUUUCAUGUGACUUGCAGCGUUUCUGCUCUUGUGAAAUUCCUUCUCGUACAUUUCACUUCAUUCCUGCACUUGGGGAAUGGGAGUUAAUUUGUACAGAAUGUGGAAAUGCAAACGAGUUUCAAAGAUCGAAAAGAAGAGGAAACGGUGAUCUGAAUUUGUGCUAACAAAAAAUUCCACCUUGGAACUAUUUUAGUUUCUCAUCCAACUGAAGGCGCCGAAUCAAGAACAAAUGGGCAGAGGAAUGGAAAUAGACAUUUGCUGAAAGUUAUUUAAUUUUUCACCUGGAAAGAAGAAACUUCAAAUUUUGUUCAACCAGUGUUACUUGAAGCAAUAAACUCAUUGUAAGAUACACCAAGAUCUGUUUAGCUUAAUUGAGAAUGGCUUCUAUAGACCCGUAUUCUCACAUAAUAGUUGAACAUCAGGUUUCCCACAGAUUAACUGUGUCCGUCCUAAGAGCUCAAAAGGUAACAAAGGGAACUUUUGGAGACCUACAAUCGGACUCCAACAAACUCAUCAGCACUCAAGUUGACACUCCUGAUCCCUAUGUGGAAUUGUUCAUUGCCACGGCACCAGAGGGUCGAAAACGGACCAAAUAUCUUAACAACGUUGUCAACCCAGAAUGGAAUGAGACAUUUGAAUUUCUUCUUGAUCCAAAUGAGAAGAAUAUUAUGGAGAUUACCCUCAUGGAUGCAAAUUAUGUGAUGGAUGAAACCUUGGGCACUACCUCCUUCAAUAUUGGAGAAAACAUCAAAGUAGGAGGGAAGAAGGAAUUUUCAUUUGUCUUCAAUGUUGUGACCACUGUAUUUUUGGAAAUGUACUUAGAGGUUUGUUCUUCAGCUGAUCUGAGAUUCAGUAUGGCACUGUGUGAUGAGGAGAAAUUGUUCAGGCAGAAGAGAAGAGAAGUAGCCAUGAUAGGAAUUAAGAAGCUCUUGGGUCCAAAUAAUGCCAUGAAUGCUCCACAAUCAAUACGGGAGGUGCCAACAAUAGCAAUUCUGGGUUCUGGAGGAGGCUUUAGAGCGAUGGUAGGGUUUUCUGGUGUUAUGAAGGCAUUGAUGGAGUCUGGAGUUUUUGACUGUGCAACCUAUGUCGCAGGACUUUCUGGUUCCACUUGGUACAUGUCAGCAUUGUAUUCUCAUCCCGACUUUCCAGCAAAAGGACCUGGUGAAAUCAACAAGGAGCUGAUGGAAAAUGUCAGCUACAGUCCGAUGUUCCUGCUGACCCCACUGAAGGUCAGAAAUUACAUUGAAGCACUCUGGAAGAAGAAAAGGUCAGGGCAGCCUGUUACCUUUACUGAUGUGUUUGGGAUGCUCAUUGGUGAAACGCUGAUUCGAAAUAGAAUGAACUUCAAGAUGAGUGAGAUGAAGGACAAAAUAAAUGAAGGUCAUUGCCCCAUGCCCUUGUUCACCUGUCUCCACGUAAAACCUGAUGUGUCUGAGCUCAUGUUUGCAGACUGGGUGGAGUUCAGUCCAUAUGAGAUUGGAAUGGCAAAAUACGGAACGUUCAUGCAUCCUUCCAUCUUUGGCAGCAAGUUCUUCAUGGGAACAGUGGUGAAGAAAUAUGAAGAGAAUCCACUUCAUUUCUUAAUGGGUGUUUGGGGCAGUGCUUUUUCCAUAUUAUUCAACCGAGUACUUGGAGUUACCAGUUCCAACAAUCAAGGCUCCACCACCAUGGAGGAAGAGUUAGCACAAAUUCAGGCCAAGCAUUUAAUUGGAAACGACAGCUCUGACAGUGAUGAUGAAUCCCAACCCAAAGAGGACCGGCUUGGCAGUGAAGCAAUUGAUGCAGAAGAGGAGAUUCAGAGGAAUAUCCAGGACAGCUGGGUACAGAGGAUGUUAAAGGCUCUGUUCUGUGAUACUGCACUUUUCAACACCCGAGAAGGUCGUGCUGGCAAGGUGCAUAAUUUCAUGUUGGGUCUAAACCUGAAUACAUCAUACCCACUCUCCCCUCUCUGUGACUUCAUGCCACAAGAUGAAGAAGAUGAAGAAGUUGUUACAGAUCCAGAUGAGUUUGAAAGAAUUUAUGAACCACUUGAUGUGAAAAGUAAGAAGAUCCAUGUGGUGGACAGUGGGCUGACUUUCAACCUGCCCUACCCACUAAUACUGAGGCCCCAGCGGGCAAUCGACCUCAUCAUAUCCUUCGAUUUUUCUGCCAGACCAAGUGACUCCAGCCCACCUUUUAAGGAGCUCCUGCUUGCAGAGAAGUGGGCAAGAAUGAACAAGUUGCCAUUUCCUAAGAUUGACACCAAAGUCUUUGACCGAGAAGGAUUGAAAGAAUGCUACGUCUUCAAGCCCAAAAACCCGAUGAUAGAGAAAGACUGUCCAACCAUCAUCCACUUUGUACUGGCAAACAUCAAUUUCAGGCAUUAUAAGGCACCAGGUGUUAAACGAGAAAGCGAGAAAGAAAUGGAGAAUGUGGACUUUGACAUCUUUGAUGAUCCUGACUCCCCAUAUUCUACCUUCAACUUCCAGUAUUCCAACAAGGCGUUUACACAGCUUCAUGACCUAAUGGAGUUCAACACACUUAACAAUAUUGAGGUGAUUAAAGAUGCCAUCAUUGAGAGUAUCAAGUACAGGCAAAAGAACCCAUCUCGCUGCUCUGUGUCCCUCAGUGACGUGGAUUACAGAAGACUGAAAAAGUCACUUAGUUUUGAUGGGCUUCAGUCCAGGCGGAAGCGACAUGCUGCAGAGGAGCAGCACAAACAGCUGUAGGAACAACAAUUAUAUGCAGCAUUAUCACAGAAGGAGACUGGCAUUUCCAGACAAUGGCAGUUAAAUCUCAUCUACCCGGGCCCUCAUCAUUCAAUGGCUUGGACUACAUGUAGGAUCUUUUGUAAUACCCUGGCUGUACAAGGCAAAACAAAAUAAUACCGAAAGGAAAAGACAAAGCCCUAGCUAAAAGAAAAAGUGAUGGUAGUGAUGUGAUGGACAAGCUGUGAAAGAUGGAGCAUAUCAAACUCACAAGAUUUUUAUUGUAACGGUUAAAAUACAUUCCAUUUCACCUCU